CGCCCCCUUUCUCCAAACUACUGCUACGAGGCAUAAUAGCGCGAUACUCACACAGGUAUUUGGAUCGGCCAAGAAGGUCUGCCAGGGCAAGAUGGCGGGCAACAGCGUAGACGUCGAGUCUCUCUCGCCAGACCAGCAAGCCGCACUUCAGCAAUAUACGGCCGUCACCGACCAAGCAGUGGACGCCGCGAUACCCCUCCUCCAGCGAGCACAGUGGAACGUCAACAUUGCCGUCACACGCUUCUUUGACGGCGAGCCGACCGAAGACCCCGUCGCCGCAGCAGCCGCACAGCAACCUCCACAAGAUACCCGGCGGCAAGAAACACUGUUGAAUGGCUUUGGGGCGCCCCGGUCGUCAACAAGUAGUGGAAGGCGAGUGAGGAUAGAACCGGCACCGAGGGUUGUCCCGCAGCCAGAGAGCCAGGUCAGCACACAAGUUCCGCUGGUCCUUGCCAUCUUCUUUGCGCCCGUCUCGCUAGUAUAUUCUUUGUUCACGAAAAGCUUCCGGUUAUUGGGCUGGAUAUUUCCUUUCCUUCCCCGCGCAUGGGGAAGGAUUACAGCCAGCAACAUCAACACUCCUGCCUCGCAACGUAGCGCAAGCGGACGUCGGCCCUUGAACCCGCGCGAUACGGCCGCCCGAUUUAUUCGCGAAUUCGAAGAAGAACACGGAAGCCACAACCUGCCUUUCUUCGAGGGCGGAUACGCGCAAGCCUUUGAUCUGGCGAAGAAAAACCUCCAGUUCCUGAUGGUCGUACUCAUCAGCCCAGAGCACGACGAAACGUCAUCCUUUAUCCGCGAGACGCUCCUCGCCCCCGAAGUCGUCGAAUUUGUGCGAAACCCGAGUAACAACAUAAUUCUCUGGGCAGGCAAUGUGCAGGACUCGGAAGCAUACCAAGUCUCGGCGGCGCUCUCAUGCACAAAAUUCCCAUUUACCGGCUUGAUUGUGCAUACACCGCAGGUAUCUUCGACUGCCAUGGGUAUCGCAACGCGUGUCACAGGCCCAACACCCCCACAGCAAUACGUCUCCAAGCUACGAACCGCAAUGCAACAGCACAUGGAGCCGUUGAACCGCGUGCGCAGUCAACGUGCAGAACAGCAAGCUACACGCAGUAUUAGAGAGCAGCAGAACAGCGCAUACGAGCGCUCGCUCGCCGCUGACCGCGAGAAAGCGCGGAAGAAGAAGGAAGAAGCAGAGCGCAAGGCGAGAGAAGAGAAAGAAGCGCUGGAGCGCGAACAAGCCAUUGAACGCUACGCUCAAAAACUACAGCAAUGGCGCAAGUGGCGCGCGGCAUCCAUACCCUCUGAACCCGAGGCCGGUGAAACAGACGUUGUACGAAUCAGUCUGCGUAUGCCCGACGCUCAACGCGUGGUGCGCAAAUUUGCGGCAGACGCACCCAUUGAAGAGCUCUACGCUUUUGUCGAGUGCUACGAUAUUCUGCAGUCCGAGGAUGCGCUCAAGGACAAGGUCGACGAGCCAAAGGACUUUGAACACGAGUACAAGUUCCAGCUCGUGUCGCCCAUGCCGAGAGAAGUCUACGACCUGAAAGCAGGGGGCUUGAUUAAGCAGCGUAUUGGGCGUAGCGGGAACUUGAUUGUUGAGCGAACGGACCUUGAGGAAGACGACGAAGACGAGGACGCAUAGUGUAUUUAAUAAGGCAAGAAUGCAUGGUGCGGCGUUUUCUUCUUGAUCAUUUAGCGUGGGAAACGUCUAAAGGGUCGUAUCCAUAGACCACGGUCGUCUUUUUGAUUAUAGUGCCGCAUGAAUAAGAUGAGAACAUGUUUUUCGACCG